AUGUAUAGUAUAUUAGGAUUAGCAGUUCGAUCAUCUGGAUCAUUCCAGUCAACACUUCAAAUUACAUCAAAACAGCUAUUUUCACAGAGAGCAUUUUACAGUACUCAGAAUUUAAAUAUUGUAAAUAAUAAUAAAGAAAAUGUGGUCGACAAUUCAUUUGCAGUAGUACACUUGGGUGGCAAACAGUACAAAGUCAUUAAAGGAGAUGUUAUAAUGUCAGAUCGUAUACAUGUCGAAGUUGGUGAACACAUUAUAUUGGACAAGGUUCUAAUGCUCGGAACUAAAGAACAAACAAUGAUUGGUACUCCACUUGUUGAUGGUGCCAAAGUACAUGCAUUCAUCGAAGAACAAUCAAAGGCCCCAAAGGUCACUAUUUUCAAGAGAAAGAGAAGAAAGAAUUACAUGAGAACAACUGCUUUUACACCUUUGGCCACCGUAUUAAGAAUUGGUGACAUCGUUUUGCAAUCACCACCUCAAAAUUAG